AGGGUUUAACUUUCCGGCCCGAGUCCGUGUUUGAGUUAACGUUGACGUUCACUUGCGGCUUUACUAACCUACUGGUUUUGAGAAGAACUAAAAAGGAAAAGAAAAGAAUCCUGUAUUUGGAUUCGGGUUAAGGGUUUAUAGCAAAUAUGGCUGCAAAAGUGACGAACAUUGAUGUCAUACUCAACACAAGUGAUUUUGUCGUGCCAAGUUGUCCACAUGGUCCAGCACUGCUGUUUGUUAGAUAUGACCAGUCACAGAAUUCUGGCAGGAAGUUCUUUGCAUGUUCGGCAUUCCGAGACCGAAAACAAUGCAGGUUCUUCCAGUGGGCAGAUGAAAAAAUGUCAGACAAACUACAGAAAGUGAUAGAGAUGGAGAAACAGCAUACAGAAAGAAAGUUUUCUAAACAAGACUUAUGGGAAAGAUUUCAACAAUUUGCUGAACUACCAAAGAAAGAUAGACAUGUCUGCCAGUCCUGUGGAGUUUUCCUGUUGCCUAGCAACCAGCUGAAUCAUUCAGGUCAAGGUCACACCAUCAAGCACCAGAUAGAUGACAGUCUGGUUCGGCGACCAUCACAGUUGUUUCAUCCACUGAAUGACAACAAGACUUAUGCUCAAUAUUUGUUUUCAGAGGCAUCUGUUGACUUUAUUCUAAAAUGUCUACACGCGUUGGGUGCCUCCCAUGUGAUCAACAUUGGUACUCCCAGAAUUCAUGAAGCUGUAGUGAACGACUCCAGUGUUUCUCUUUCUUCUCUUCUUUUGGAUCUUGAUCAAAGAUUUGAGCAGUUUUACGAGCCACAUGAGUUUUGUCGUUACAACAUGUUUAAUCACCAUUUCUUUGGAGGACAGGAAGAUCGAGAUCUGUUUGAUAAGUUUGUAGCGGAAGGGAAAGAUGGGAAAAUAGUCAUACUUAUUGACCCUCCAUUUGGUGGAAUGGUUGAAGCUCUUGGAAAUACACUACGAAUGCUGAUGAAACAGUGUAAACAUGGUGACUCUUCAGUGCCUGUCUUUUGGUUCUUUCCUUACUUCAUGGAAAAGAGAAUCACAGAAUCAGUGCCAGAAUUUUCCAUGCUAGACUACAAGGUGGACUACGACAACCAUGCCCUCUUUAAAGACAAGGGAGGUAAGAAGGGAUCUCCUGUAAGAAUAUUCACCAACUUGCCGCCAGCUGAAGUGGAGUUACCUCCCGAGGAAGGAUACUGGUUUUGUUCCACGUGUAAUCGAUAUUCAUCCAAGGAGAACAAACACUGUGAUGAAUGUGACAGUUGUACAUCAAAGGAUGGCACCACUUAUGUUCACUGUUCUAUCUGUGGUGUCUGUGUGAAGCCAUCGCGCGUCCAUUGUCCUCACUGUAAAACCUGCCAAAUACCUGGUCACACCUGUGACACGGAGGAGAGAUCAAAAGGCUGUCAUAUUUGUGGAGAUUUCACUCACAAAAGAAGAGAAUGCCCAAACAAGAACAAAAGAAAAUGGCAACAACACAAAUCUGCUGGAAACGAUGGAAUUGUCAAGAAAAAGAAAAAAUGUAAAAGAUGAAGAUGAACUGUGAAUAAAACUUUUUAAAGGAA